ACUCCCGAAUCCAGUUUGCUAACCGCCACGCUUGCAGUGCCGUCCAUAUCAACAGCAUGACUGUCCAUGACGAGCCCGUCCUUCCCCACGGCGGAGUGAAGAACAGCGGAUGGGGCCGGUUCAACUCAUCCCAAGGACUGGAGGAAUUCCUUGUCACCAAGAGCGUGACUUGGAUGGACUAGACCCGACGUAAAAGCAAGCAAGCAAGAUCCAAACGAUCUGAUGUACUGUAUAUAGAAACCUUUUUUUUAGCGCGGUGUGCAUGAUAUCCCGACCGCCGGGAGCGAUGAACCUGACAUACUUCCCCCCCGUGGACGCAUCAACAUGCCCCCUCCCAACGUAUCCCUCCCUCGCGAGAGGUAGAUAUUACCCCGAGAAUCACCCAUAUAUGACAUGCCAGCUCGCACAAACAGCAGGGAAUCACGAACCGACCAGCAGCAAUUACCCCGAAUCCCCGACGUCUCGUCCCCCUACGGUCGGGCUAUCUCGCUCCGAGGGUGAAGCCCCAUCGAAGAAGGUAAAUUACAGAAACAAGCUUCGCAAACCAUGCAACAAUACAGCAGACAGAAUUCCAUACCAAGCCAAGCCUUCAAGAUCCCUUCUCUCUAUCCCAUCGUUCUGUUGAUAACCUUAAACCCACCGCAUGCAGAUAGGGGUUGAGUUAUGAGCAUGAC